GACUUAAAAAUGUAAAUAAAACUGUAUAACAUCGGCACAAGUGUAAAAUUAAACACACGACACACUCGGAGGUCCGUGUUCGCACAAUGGCUCUAUAGUAUCGUGAAAUACGUCAUUUAAUAAGUGUUUAGCUUCAUCAUUUAGUUUAUGAAAUAAUGGGAAAUAGUAACACACCACCUAAAACUGACGAACCUCAUCCUCUAGCUGAUGGUUGGGGACACAACAGAUCCAGAAGGGCUUCAACGAAAAUUUAUAAUGCCAGUUUAUCCAAACUUUUUGAGAAAUUAGAAUUAACAGCUGAUGAAGGAAAUGCGCAUCCUGGUGAAUUAUCUCGAGUUACAUUUGAGAAUGUAUUUCACGGUCCAUUACAUAAAUUUGGUAAAUUGAUGUACAGUACAAUGAUCAACGGAACAACUAAAGAACGUAUUACACGGGAACAAUUCACAAAAUCAGGCCGAGAAGUUUUAAAGAAAUUUGAUGAGAAAGAUCAACAGGAAUAUUAUUUCCGCUUAUUUUCUGGUGGUAAUAACACGUUAAGUAAGGCAGAUGCCCUACAGAUGGUAGAAAUAGCGUACGCUUUAACAUUAUCAGCGUCUAAAAUACCCUACAGUAAAGAUGAACGGGAUGAGAAAGUAUUUGAAUCAAUAGUGACCAGUAUGUUUGGUAUCGAAACAGAGCUAACGUUGGAGGCAUUUGAAAGUUGGUUAAAUUGGAACUGUCCCCAUUUUUUUUGUGGAGUACACAACUGGGUAUUCAGUAUAUUAACCGGAUCUACACUUCCAUCAGAGUUGGAAACAGCUCCAGUUCCACAGUUGGAAGGUUUUGCGGAAGGUAGAUAUCUGGUAACCAUGGGAAUGUUGUGGGUACUAUCGGCAACCAUUCCUACAAGUUUUACACGAACUCCUACCGGUGAAACGUCGUCCAAUAAUCCUCUACUUAAUUCUUAUAAUCUGAUUAUGAAACUGGCUAGAUUAACCAGGUGUCAGAGUUGGUCAUUAUUAUACAGCAGCUCACAGCAUGGUCAGUCGUUAAACAGAUUUACUCAUCAUGUGACAUCGUAUUCUGGACCAACCAUGACAUUUUUAUCAUUUGAAGGAAGAAAUCUUUACUGUAUAGCUGCUGAUUGUGGCUGGAGAGAAAGUACAAGUUUAUUUGGAGGACCUGAUUGUAUGUUAAUACAGUUAUCCCCUGUCUAUAGAGUUGUACAAGCUGGUGAGAAUAUGUUAUUAUGGAAUGAAUAUUCACGUGAUUUACCUAAAGGUAUACAAGUAGGUAAAGGUGAUCAGAAUAAAGUCAUAUUUCUACCACAAGAUUUUGAACAGAUAGAACAUUAUGGUGUUUCCUGUACGCUACAUAAAAUAGAGGUGUGGGGAUGUGGAGGUGCUACAGCUAAAGAAGCUCAGAUACAACAAAAACAGUGGGAAAAUAAAGAUACGCAGAGGCAUCAGAGUAGAAAGUUGAAUUUAGACCUGGAUGGAAAUUGGCAAGAAAAUCCUGACAAAAAGUUAUUAGAAUGGGGAGGUAUUGGUACCAGCCAUGCACAGAGAUGAAGUGGGAGGAGAAAGUAACAGCUGUGUAUUUAUAUGCAUUUGUGAUAUAACUCUCAAUUUCUUGUUUCUAAUCUAGUAAUAACAGGAUAAUUCAUGAAAGAAAGAAAAUUUAUUUUAAUGAAUUUUAAAUUGUCUACAAGAAGAAAUUGGUGAUAAUAGUUGUAGCAUAUUAAAGAAUUUUUGCUUAAUAUAUAUAUAUAUAUAUAUAAAUAUAUAAAAAUAUAUGUGUAUAUAAUUUACUAGUCCCUAUAAGUCAAAUAGUCCCUGUAAAUAGCCCCUGUAAGUCAAAUAGCCCCUGAAUUUGGUUGUUAAACAGACAAAAAUGAUUAUCCAGGUCUGUCAUGUAUAAGUAGGGAUAAAUGCAUUUAGUUUUAGACAGGUAUCCCCGUCCUAUGCUAUGGUUUUAGACAGGUGUCCCCUCCCAAGGCCUACGGUUUUAGACAGGUAACCCCUCCCAGGUAUCUCCUCCUAAGGCCUAUGGUUUUCGUCAUAGUGACUUUGACUUGCUGUUCAGGGUUUAUUCAAGAAAACUUAAGCUAAAAUAUUUUGAGAAUGCAGGCUUUUCAUUGGCCAAAAGGUAAAAUUUGUGCUAUGAGUUGAGUGCUAGGCCAAUGAAAUCAUAAGGUUUGUCAUUGAGUCAAGUGGCUGGUUUCGAAUCCUCGCCUGUUCAAUCUCAUAGGCUUUCUCCAUGUCCUCCGGUUUUCUCUGGGUCUUCCAGUUUCCUCCCACUGCUAAAAGACCCCUAAGCACAAGUGAAUUAUUGAAAUAAAAUUGAACCAUAUGUUGGUCCCGAAAUGACCUAGUUUGUGUCGUGUGGACUUUUAACCCCAUUUCUCUCUCUUGUCUUAAAUGUUUUUUUUUAUAAUUGAUAUUUAUUAGAGUCCCACUUGCUAAAACAAUAUUUAAAGUAGCAAUAUAAAGUUAAAUAAAAAAAAACGUGGAGUCUUCACAUUUAGUUAAAGUAUACAAAUUCAAGUACAAACCAGCACAUUUCUCAAAUACAAGGUUUGAAAACUCUUGAUUGGUUUUCACCAAAAUAAGUUUGUUUAGAUAAAGAUGUUUAUUUUGAUUUAAAUUCAACAGUUAUUAGGCUUUAACAUAUUGUUGCCAUGGUAAUAUAAACUAUGACCUGUAUAUAUUGAAAUUGUUAUGCAUUCCUUCUAUGAACCACAAUAAAGUUAUUUAAAAUAAUA